ACACGUACCCUAAUCAAGCAAACCACAAAAUGACUUCCGCACGGGACAGAUUAUUUUAUUCUUUGCCAAAACAAGACGAAGAUGAUAAAAUACAUAAACAAUACGAUAAACAAAAGCUUUUGCCUUACAUACUUGAAAAUACAGCAGGGAGAGACAAAGUCUUCAGCGGCCCCUUUGGCCUCAGAAAAGCUCUGUACCUUGAUUACACAGCAUCUGGAAGAUCUUUAAAUUUCAUUGAAGACUACAUACGUAAUGAGGUUCUUCCAGAAUAUGGUAAUACCCACACAACAACCAGUGUAUCAUCACUACAGACCACACUGUACAGACAUGAGGCUAGGGACAUAAUUCGUAAUGCAGUGCAUGCCAGUGAACAUGAUGCUGUGAUAUUUGUGGGCAGUGGUUCUACAGGAGCUGUACAUAAACUGAUACAUGGUCUGCAGCUUGACCAUAAACCUGUUGUAUUGGUAGGACCAUAUGAGCAUCAUUCGAACUUGCUGCCCUGGAAGGAAAUUGGUUCAAAGGUGUUACGAGUGAAGACAGAUAAUGCUGGUCUUGUAGAUCUAAACCACUUGGAAAUACUCCUUGAGAAAUGGAAGGUGACAGGAAGGCAGAUGAUUGGUUGUUUUAGUGCAGCCUCAAACAUCACAGGAAUAUUGUCCGACGUUGAUAUCAUCACCGUUCUCUUACAUAAACAUGGUGCUCUAGCAUUCUGGGAUUACGCUACAGCAGCACCGUAUGUCGGCAUCGAUAUGAACCCUGUCUCAGCAAGUCCAGACCAGCCUUACAUGUACAAGGAUGCUGUGUUCUUAUCCUGUCAUAAGUUUGUAGGUGGAGUACAGACCCCAGGUGUUUUAAUAGCUAAGAAGAAACUGUUCAGAAAUUCUGUACCUGAUGGUUGUGGUGGAGGAUCCGUCUUCUUUGUACGUAGAGAUCAGCAUCGUUACCUGCAGGAGCCGGAGUUGAAGGAAGAAGGUGGUACCCCGGCGAUUGUGGAAGCUGUACGUGCAGGACUCGUGUUCCAGCUGAAACAGGCUGUUACACCAGCCGUUAUACUGCAGAGAGAGAAGCUUAUGCUCAGAAAAGCACAAGAUGCAUGGAAAGAGCAUCCAACGUUGAUAAACCUUGGAAAUAUGGCUGCAUCUCGUCUACCUAUAUUCUCAUUUCUGGUGUACCACAAAGAGUCGGGCCGGUUCCUGCACCAUAACUAUGUCAGUACACUGCUGAAUGAUUUGUUUGGGAUCCAGGCUAGAGGAGGCUGUGCUUGUGCUGGGCCUUAUGCUAUGGACUUGCUGGGUAUGGAGGAGGAAAUCAGUGAGAGGUUUGAACAUCUGCUGGCUGAAGACAGUCGUCUGGAUAGGACACAUUUAAGAAGAUACAGGGAAUAUUCACAAAGAGAAAUUCUCAGACCAGGAUUCACCAGGAUAAAUCUCCCAUAUUUUCUGGAUGAAGAGAGUGUAGAGUUUACCCUGGAAGCUGUUAAACUUGUGGCAGAGGAAGGCUGGAAACUACUUCCUCAGUAUAUGUUCAAUCCAGAAACUGGGGAAUGGCGUCAAAGAAAUUUUCAGGUAUUCAAGGACAGAAAGUGGUUAGGUCAUAUAUCCUACAACAGUGGAGAGAUGGCUUACAAGAUACCUCCUCUGGUUGACAAAGGACCACUUCCGGAUAACUACCAGGACUGCCUACAGAAAGCAAGGAAUCUCUUUGCUCAAGCAGGAAAGACUAGGUACCAGCUAGCAGACCACACAGUUAUGUUUGACGAAGCCUCCAAGUCACUCCGCUGGUUCCUACUCCCAAGUGAGGCUGCAGACUGUCUCAAAGGCAGUCAGUCCCAGAAUGCAUCACAACUACCUUUUUGUCCUCCAAACCUUAGAGAGCACAUUGGACUUCCUGGGUUUUUAGGUAAUUAUGUAGAAGAAGAGGUGACAUUUAAAGAUAUGCUUGAUAAAAAUAUGAAAAAUGAAUCAGCUGCUGCAAAAAAUAAAACACAUGAAAAUGCAGGAAAAGAAACAGAAACAGUCAAUACAAAAGAGACAAUUGCAGUAAAGAAUGGCGUGACUGAAGAAACAAGCAGUGAUGAAAAAGUAGCUGUUGGACAUGGUACUCCUGAUGGAAAGUCAUUUUCUGAAGGAAUGCAAAACUGUCUGAAUUGUGGUUUUGACAAUUCCAAUGUGUCAGAUAAAGUAUGCAAUGCUAAAUUAAAUGAUAGUAAGAGAAAAGUCUAUGAAGAUGGCAGAGUUGGUACAAACAGGAAUACAAAUACUUGUUCAAAAGACACUGAUAGCAUCUCUAUAUGUGAGAAAGAUAGAAAUACGGAACAGGAAGAAACAAGUAGUAGUGCACAUAGUAAUACAGAUGAAUCAGUAGAGCCAGUAGAUUGUUCAAAACUGUCAAAGGAAAGUUGUGAUAGUGUUAAAUGUGAUAGUAGUCUCUGUGAAAGGAAUAGUACAAACAGGAAAAGACAUGCUGAAAGUGAUAGUGUAAGCCCAGUAUGUGCAAUGACAGUGAAAAGAACUAAAGAUGGGAAAGUGGUUGGUAAUGGUGUGGAUGGUAUUGUAAAUGAUAAGAAACAGAUGGGUAGGAAGAGUAAGAAGAAGAAAGAAGGAACAAGAUGGUUUUCACCUCCAAAGACGAUAUUUACACCAUUUCUGAAGGCUUUGGAAGAGUAUGACAUGAUAAAGGAUGGAGACAAAGUGAUGGUGUGUCUCAGUGGGGGAAAAGAUUCUCUCUCACUUCUACAUACUGUAAAACAGUAUCAGUUCUAUUGUAAGAGAAAGAACAUACAGUUUACAAUAGGAGCUGUGACUGUUGAUCCCCAGACACCUUCCUAUGAUCCAAGUCCACUAAAACAGUAUCUAGCUAGUCUGGGGGUACCAUACUUCUAUGAAUCACAAGGUAUAUUAGAGCAGGCCUCUAACUUGCCGUACGAGUGUGCAUCAAUAUGUAGCUUCUGUAGUCGUAUGAAGCGUGGAAUUAUUUACGCAUGCGCUAGAAGAGAAGGGUAUAAUGUCCUAGCUUUAGGACAACAUUUAGAUGACCUGUGUGAAAGCUUCCUGAUGUCUAUAUUCCACAAUGGUAUACUGAGAACUAUGAAGGCUAAUUACACAGUAGAGGAGGGAGAUUUAAGAGUGAUCAGACCAUUUGUCUAUGUCAGAGAGAAGGAUUUAAGAUUGUUUGCUGAAACUAACAAACUACCUGUGAUUGCUGAGAAUUGUCCGGCAUGUUUCGAGGCGCCAAAGGAACGUCACAGAAUCAAGCAGCUCCUUGCGUCACAGGAAAUCAUGUUCCCGAGGAUAUUCCCAAGUUUAAUGGCAGCCAUUAAACCUAUCAUGGCUAUUAACAAAACUCAAAUGAAAGUGUCAGACUUCUUCAAGCAGGAUAAAAAUGGUUCAGACGAUGAUUUUGAUAUCUAAUUAAAUUAUUAUAGGUGAAAGUUACAUAUCAGUAGCAGUAUAAGGCCAGUUGCAACAGUUAAUGCCAGUGACUUUAGAUGUAGCGCAUUACCGGUAAUAAAGCAACAUAAAUCUAGAAUUUGGUCUGAAAUACCCAAUACAACUAUAGUGAAAUCAUGAAUAUUUGUUGAGGGCUAAUAUUCGUGGAUUUUAUGCUUGUAUCAGUGAAGAAGUAAAAUUUCCUUUGGAAGUUGAGACCCAGGGAUUCAGAUCUCCGCGAAAUAGUCGUUUUUGCCUAAACCUCGAAAUUUCCUGCCCACAGCAUUUAAUGAUUUCACAGUAUUGAACAGUUUCAGAUUUCAUUAAAGUAUAGUCUGUGGUCAGCUAUAGUCUAAGGGUGUGUGUAUGCCUGUAUUAUCUUCUGGGCAUUAGUCUAUAUUAAAAAAAUUAUGUGAGUGGAAUGGUUUUACCAGUGUUUGUACCAGAUUUUAUCCGUAAUGUUAUGCCUAUUAUAUUAUUCAAAAUAUAAGAGUUGCUAAAACUUUA